CCAGAACUCUUAAACAUGGUUAGAGUUGUGUUCAUAGCUACGAGGAGGGACUGGGAGAGAGUCUGAGUGAGUGGAGAACAGUGUAAUUUGUACAACAUAGGAGGGAAGCCAGAGAGAAGAAUGAGGAAUCUGAUGUCUGUCAACAUCAGCCUCCUCUGUGCUGUGAUCUGUGUGAUGUCAGCAGUGAUCACAAAGAGAGGGACAGAAGGAGGAAAUGACACCAUUCAGUGUCCUUAUGACCGGAGGUUUGAGACACACCAGAAGUACCUCUCUAAAGGGAUCUGGGCCAACCGGGUUGAUGUGAUCAAAACCCAAACCCAUCAGCACCCAGCGUGGACUCAUAAAGGGAGAUUCUCUCUGUAUGACGACACAGAGAGAAGAGUCUUCACUGUGACCAUCACUAACCUGGUCCCAGAGGAUUCAGGGACCUACUGGUGUGAAAUAAACACAUGGUGGUGGUAUCACAAGACUGAAGUCAGGAUCACUGUGGACAGAGCUCCUGUUCCUCCCAACCCUGACUCCAUCACCUCCAGACCUCCCUCUCCCCACACC